CCUCUGCGGAAGCAAAGGAGACCCCGCAGAGUAAACAAAUGCUAAAAGUGUAUGUCAUUAUAUCGUGUAAUUCUAUUGGUCCACGACGUGCCUUCAGCUUAAUGAAGCAACUCGAUAUAAACAAAAAUCCCGAUUUUCACAGGAACGUGUGUAUUUGUGUUUGUUUCCUUCUGCGCAGCAUUGUUGUAACACAUAUGUCUCUCGUUUUGACGAUUACGACAACAUGCUAGCGAAAAAAGUCAUAGUUGUGCCGGUAAUAAUAUUUGUACUGUCGAUAGUUGGCCGUGCUGAUAUUGUCGAAUUAAAAUCGGCGGACGAGAUCGACGAUUUUGUGAGAACGCUGGAUAUUAGAGUUAUCUAUUUCGAGACAAAAGACGCACAGACGAAAUAUCCGUUAUUUAUAGAGGAAUACACCCAAUCAUCUAUCAGCUUAGAAUCGUAUGGAGUACAGUUUGGAAAGGUGAAUUGUUCCACAGUUGGGCACAAGUAUUGUUCAGAGCCAUCUGAUGCCAGUUUAUUUGUAUUUAAAGAUGAAAAGCUACUGAAGUCAUUUCCAAUCAAGAAACUCAAUAACGAACACUCCAUUGUGGCAAACAUCUUGCAUCGGUUCUUAUUGAAGGAUGAGUUGAUUGUGGUGCAAACCGAAGAAGAUCUCGAAAAAAUUUUGGCUGAUGCGCGAGGGAAAGAGAAUGUAAUUGUUACGAAUGUCAAAGAAAUAGGAAUGAAAGAUCAUCGCAAUCUUUUGGAAGUGGCCUUUGCUUUUGGGGACACGUUCAAAUUCUAUUUAACCACGAAAUUACCCAAGCAUAUAUAUGGAACCGACAGCAAACUAAAAGCAUUCCUAUGUAAAGAAGGAAAGUGCGACGUCCGCCAUUACAAUAACGAGUUCCGAGUAAUAUCUUUGGCUACGUUUCUUCAAUCAUUGACAUUACCACAAGCAGUUAUCUUUGGGGAAGACGAGAAAACCCCGUAUACAAACAAAGACGUCGUAUCUAUACCGAUCAAUCGAGUGUAUAUGUUUGUGAGGAAUCACAAGGACCCUGAGGCAUACCGAGCUGAACUCGAGGAAAUUGCGAGGAAAGUGAGAUCUGCAGUUGGCUUUAUUGUAGUUCAAGUUGAAAAACAUCCUGGGUUUUUGAGGCACUUCGGUUUGGCAGAGGAUAGUGCGUUUCCCGCGCUUGGGUUUAUUCCUGGACACAAAUCAGGAGACGAUGAUGCGCAGGAGUUUGAAUAUGUUGACGUAUUUACGUCACGGGAGAAAUCGUUGAACGCAGAAAACCUGGUGGAUCUUGUUUAUAAUCUUAUUAGUCAUCCAGCUGAAGUAUUUGGAAGUUCAUCUGAACGCAGGUCUCUCACUCUCAACUCUCCGGUGGAAUAUUUGUCAUUGCUUGAGAAGUUGGAAACGGAGUACUUGCUGGUUGCCUUUUGUAAACCAUCGGUCGAAGCGUGUGUAGAUUUAAGCUACGAAUAUCAGCGACUAAGCAGAACCUAUGAUCGACACUUUGACCGAAGUGGAACAAGGAAAAGAAAUAUAAAAUUUUCAAUAAUUUUUAACGAUCGAGGCAUGGCUCCAGAAUUUAAAGUGGAAAAGUACCCAACCAUACGUUUACACAAAAAGGAUCAGCCCAUUGACGAAUUCACCUUGUACACUGGAACCUCCAGUUAUUACGACAUGGUUGACUUUAUCGAGAAACAAAUAAAUGAACCAGAUGUGAAAGUAUUGCCUGCGAGUGGCUUAGAUUAUAUUGACAUCCAGUCCAUACGUAACGGAGGUGAGAAGGUUGUUGGUAAAGGUGACGAAGACAAUCCGGAAGAAGCCGAAGAGCCGGAGGACUAUGAAGAGGAAGAGAGACCGCCCGAAGAGACAGAAGACGACGAAGUAGCCGCUGCUGGAUAUGAACUUUAUUACACCAAGGCUGUGGAUGAUUCACAUAUACCUAAACUAAAUGACACCAGUUUUAACUCCACUAUACGACAAUAUGACACCUCGGUUGUCUUCUUCUUCCUACCGUGGGAUGCAAGAAGUCAAGCAUUUUCUCCAUCUUACGCGGCCGCUGCAAAGAAGAUAGUCGAACCCGAUGGCAGCGGUGUAAAAAUUGGCGUAUUGCAAGUGAACUGUUUUGACUGGGAAGAUGUUUGUAGCAAGGAAAAUAUUAAGCUAUAUCCAACUGUCAGAUUUUACAGGAGAAAGCAACCGCCGAUGGAUUAUAAUGGUGUUCUGGAUGAAUCGAGCUUGGUGAAAACAGUUAAACUACUUCAGGCCCCAUCACCACUGAAACUAUCCUCGGAUGGAGAGGCUGUUGGAUUCCAAGAAGGAAAGUAUCCAAUGACGUCGAUACUAUAUGCUGAUGUUUCGGUUCUUGGGCUAUUCUCUGUCGUGAAUAGCGACUAUGUAUCUAGUUUCACCUCUGCUGCGCGCGCAAUGGAAGGACAGUUUUUAUGUGGAUAUGCAACUGGAAAAGUUGCUUCAGACGCUGCUUCAAAACUUGGUGUGCCAGUGCCAAGUAUCGUUUUAGUAAAAAGAAACGAUCCAUUGCAGAGCAAGGUUGUGUAUGAUGGGGAGUACACAGAAGAGGCCAUUGUUCAGUUUGUUAAACAUGCAAGUCUUCCGGUUUAUGGAGAACUUACACCAUUAAACUUCCCGGCGUACUUUAGCAAAGGACAGCCGUUUUUGGUUGCAUUUAUAAAGAAAGAUAAUGUCGAUGUCAACUCGCUAAUCGCUGAUGUUGUGAAAUCUGGCGAAACAGGUGGAGUGAAUUUCUGUUGGGUUGACAUUUCCGUUGAAAUGAACCGUGAUAUAUUGAUGGCCUACUCGCAAAGUGACAAAGACAAAUCUGAUAUGACCUCAGCUAUUGUUCUUGUUUACCACCAGAAGGGCAUCACCUACAACUACAAAGGUGAAUUGCAGAAGGAGAAAUUGGUGUUCUGGAUUAAGUCCUGUUUAUCUGGAUCGGAAACGUUUACACAUGCAUUGAAAACAAAGGAGUGGAAGCCUCGACUUGAAGGGUAUGACUUCUUGGCCAAGAUGAAAGAGGAGUCAGGCAACGAGGGAGCAGAGGAUGGUAAAACGUUGGACCCAUGGGAAGACACCGAGCCUGAGUCGGACGAUGACGACGACGAUAAUAAGCGUUACGACGAUGACUCGACUGACCCCGAGCCCGACCACGAUCAUCACACACGAUUACAUGCCGCAUUUCAUGCCAAGAAGCAGUCAAGACUUGACCAACGCCGUCGCAUCGACCCAAAACCCGUUCAUGAGCCGCAUUCUGAAUUAUAAAUUCACUCACUAAUAAUAACCUAAUUUAUUUAGCAUCUCGUUCCCUUCAGGACGAUGUGAACUGCGUAUAUUUAUUUCACCCACAAUUUUUUGCAACUUUAUUUAGAAACUAUUUGAACAUAGUCAUGCAAACAUUUCCACAACGAAGAUUAUGAAUUACCUAAAAAAUUAAACAAGGAGGCAAUAGCAAUAUAGCACCCUUAUCAAGUAUAUGGUAUUUGUGGACCAUGUUUCUAUUGACUAUGAUUAGAAAAAGACCCUCAAUGGGUAUCGUCAAGAAACUUUUCUUGUCAGUUCUUGAUAUGGUUUGCCUGAAAACAUUGACUUUAUGUUAACAGUUACAAUUAUUGAAAUGCGUGAUUAGUUUAACAAUCUCAACGCAGUUGGCUUUAGCUGCAAG